AUGAAAGCACUACUUUAACAAAAAAAAUUAAAAGAAAGACAGAAUUGAGCCCAAAGAUAUCUUGUAUCUAUGAUGGACGACCAAUCAUUCUUGAAGAUGAUGAUAGAAAAAGAUUAGAUGAAAACUGCAUUUUUUUCAAGAAGGGUGGAUUUGGAGAAAUUUUCAAAGUGGAAGGUAACAAUGUGUUCAAUAUUCCACUGGCCAUCAAGAAAAUCAAAACAGAUGAUAGAAGCAUGAGGAAUUUAGCAACAAAUGUAAUUAUGAUUUAACAUUAUACAUUUGACCUUUUUGAUGCUACCGCAGCAUAUGCGAUGCGGUGGCAUAUAGCGAUUCACCUGUGUGUUUGUGUGUGUGUGUGUGUGUGCGAGCUUGCCUGGUGUGU